AUGCCCUCGCAGGCGCAACGUAUCCCGGAGGAUCCCAAUGAGUUGCAGAGGUUGGAGCGAGAGUACUACGAAAGAGCCAAAAAGCGAAACACGCGGAAGCGCCAGGAGGACAUCGACCGGCUCACGGAACUCAGGCACAACCUCCGAGACUUGCCGAUGCAGCGCCAGUGCCACCGCUACCGCUGGACACAGACGGAGACCACUUUCGACGUUGAGAUCCCGAUGCUGAAAGCCUGCAGAGACGAGGACCUGUACCUCGUGGUGGAGAAGGACCAGAUGCAGGUGGCCAUCAAGACGGACGAGUCCUUCGGGGCAAUAACGGGCGUGUUCCCUGGGGAUGUGGAUGCAAGAAGCUGCAGCUUUCGGAUCCACAGUCGGUUCAACGAACCGUACAUCCACCUGGAGAUCGUGAAGUUGACCGCGCCAGGGAUGUACGAGUUUUGGCACGAGCUACUGCAGGGUGAAGAGGAGAGCCCUACCAUCCGUUUCAAAGGGGAAACGCCGCGCUACAGCUGGAAGCAAAACGCCGAAACAAUAGAGUUGCAGAUCCCCGUCCCAGAUGACGUGACAAAGCGAAAGACCACUCUCGACCUCGAUCCCGCGGGAGACCGGAUACACGUUUCCUUCUCGAACAGGCCGGACUUUGAACCCCUGGAGGGCAAGUUUAAGGGCCUCAUUAGCCCCCUCGACUCUGUGUGGAUGCUGGGUGAGCUUGCGUUCCUGCUGCCAGCUGCCAUCGUCUUGACCUAG